AUGGCUUCAGAUCAAGAAAGAGAAAUGGCAAAUCCACACAAAAACAAGCGUGCAGGGUGGACAUGGUUCAGAACAUUCCAAUACAACAAGAAGGACGACAAACCUGCCGAUGCUCGUAACGUUCUGCUAAUAGUUGCAGCCCUCAUCACGGCAGUGAUAUUCGAAGCGGAUGUGAAUCCUCCAGGGGGUGUUUGGCAAGACAGUGAUAAAGACCAUACAGCAGGAAGAGCCAUUUAUGCUUCCCACAAGGAAUUCUUUUAUGUGUUUUUUAUAUCAAACACUGUGGCACUUUCUUCAUCAAUCUUGGUCAUAAUUUCCCUGACUUACAGAUUCCCUUUUCAUUUUGAGCUUUGGGUUUCCACAGUUUUCAUGGUCAUAACUUAUGGGUCCGCAAUAUUUGCCAUAACUCCUAAUGAAUCUAAGUUUAGAUACCUUUUGACUACAGCUGCUCUGCCUUUUCUGGUGAGAUUCAUUGGGGAAGUGUUCAAAUGGUGCAAAAGUCAAAAUUCCAAUUCCAGUGUAGAGCCUCGAUUGGCUAGUAAUGUGGAUGAUAAUGUGGAGAUGUCUAAUGUUUAA